AGAUAAUGUGCAAUGAGUGUUGCAGACGAAUCAGGGGCUGGUGCAGGUCAUUCACACUCACUGAAGUAUUUCUGUCCAUUUUAGAAGCUGUACUCCUCAUGGUACUGACAGCAUUUCUAAUAUUUUUGAUACUUCACUUUUUAGUCUGUUCUGAAAAAGACAGUUUUAUAAUCACUGCUACAUCAAAAGCUGAUGAAGCAACCCCAAAUACAAUUAGCAAAUUUAGUUUUAAAACUGUACCACCUCAUGUAAAGUGCACCUGGAACCAAUCACAUAAAACUGCGCCGGUUACCAAUUAUUAUGAACAAGAUCUGUUGCAAGAAACUAAAAUCCUUAUUGAACAUACUCUGAAACCGGAUGCUACAAUAUCUUCUGUAUAUUCUGAACUGCCAGUAGAAGGGGUUUCUACAUCUGCCUCAUCCAAUUCCAGUGAUGAUGGAUCAGAUUUAUCAAAUGGAAAGGAGGCUGUCCAGGAAAAGCAAUAUAUUUUGGCGUUAGUAAAGAUCAGAUCCCAAUAUAUAACAUUUGGGUGUAUGCUAACUAUCAUCACAGAGUACUGGGUGUUGACUGCAGCCAGCUGCAUAGAAGCAAUAGAGGAAGUGGAUUCAUUAAACUCAUUUGUGAUGAUGGAAGGUUACGGAGAGGUGAAGCAAGGAAGAGCACACAUAGUGAACGACGUUAGAAUUCACCCUUGGUACCAGGGGGCUAACAUGAGUUAUGAUGUAGCAGCUCUUAAGAGCGAAGACCGUCUCAUCAACGAAGGCGACACAGGUCUUGCUCUGUCCACAUUGUUGGAUUAUUAUACAAUCACUCUUGGAGAGAAGCUCGUGCUUCUUGGAUAUGGGAAAUAUAGGAGAAGUAAUGAGAGCCAGCAGGGGCGCGGGCUGCGCAGGGUGGAGGUGGCGGUGCUGCCGUCGCGGCGAUGCUCGGUGCGGGGUGGCGGCCGCGAGGUGUGCGCGGGGCGGCCCCCGUGCGGGCGGUGCGCGGGCGCGCCUCUGCUGCGGGGGGCGCGCCUGCUGGCGCUGCUGCCCGCCGCCCCCCGCUGCCGCGCCGCCUGCCCCCCCGCACGGUACGUCAACCUGCCGCUACUAGGGGACUGGCUCCAGGCUGUCGUCGGUCCCGAUUAG